ACGUCGUCCCGGGAACGGAGGAGCUGCCGGAGCACCGACUCAGUGAAGAAAAGAAAUGGCGAUGCUCGGAGGCUUCAGCGCAGCACAGCACAAGAAAAGCGUCUCCGACGGGAACUGCGACGUCUCCGAGUUCGUCUGCCCGGUGUGUCUGGAGAUCUUCGAGAGUCCCGUCACGACACAAUGCGGCCAUACGUUCUGUCAGAGUUGUCUGCAGGAGUGUCUUCGUCCUCAGAAGCCUGUCUGUGCAGUUUGUCGCGCCACGCUGGGCCACUGGACUAAAGCCGCUGAGCUGGAUGCCCUCAUCCACUCAUCUGUGGCAGCCUGCAAGGGCUGUGGAGUUCAGGUGGGUCUGUCUCAGAUGAGAAGUCACACUGCAGCUUGUUCAAAAUACCAGGAGUAUAUCGAGGAGGGAGUGAGGACCACAGCCCAGAGUCAGCCUGCCAUCAUCAGUUCAGUGCCAAACCGAUACACCUUCACCUGCCCCUACUGUAACUGCCAGAACCUGGACCAGGAUGGCCUGGUUGAACAUUGCACUACCCAACACGCUCGAGAUUCACGCCAAGUGGUGUGUCCGAUCUGUGCCUCAAUGCCUUGGGGAGACCCGAACUACAUUAGUGCAGACUUUUUCCAGCACCUGAAGAUCAGACACACUUUCUCCUAUGAUACUUUUGUUGAUUACUCCACAGAUGAGAACACAAUGAUACAGGAGGCUUUACAGCGCUCCCUACUGGACAACUGAAGCAUGACGCCCAUUCCGCCAGGAGGACACACACGAAUCAUCUUCAGUCAGGCAUGGGGACAGUGGGUAAUUAUUUUCAUAGGAAACUGCUAUUGUAAACUAUGAAAAUAUAGGUUUAUUAUUGAUUAAAUAAAUCUUGCAAUAUGGUUAUAAAGGCAUAUUGUACUGUUUGUUUUGGGGUGAUAGUGUGUUUCUGAUGUGAUAAUCUCUUUUCUCCUCCCCCAACUGAAUCUGUAGACUUGAUAGUUUUGUUGAUCAUCUACUAAACAGUUUUGUCACGCUGUCCAUUCAUUGAUGACAUGGUGUCAUUUAGCCAAAAACUUCCAAAGUCGUGAUUAAAACUCCCUGUUGUCAAUACUUGAUGUUAUAUAAGGGUUUGACCACUAGGUGGCUAGCUAUUGCCAGUAAUUGAGAAACUUCACUCCCUGAAGUCUUCCGGUAGUGACGGACAAUAAUAUAUAAUAUUCUAUUCAAGAGUGACUCUGCAUGUUUUACUCUUAAGAGAGAGAAAAGGGGGAAUUUUGUAAAACGUCAUUGUUUUUGAUUUCAUGUUUGUGCGUAUGAUGAAAGCCUGUGUGUGUUCUUCCUGUUUUCAGAGAUCUACUGGAAAGAAUAAAUAAUAUGAGGGUCAAACAUAAGCCAGAGAUGGCAGUUAUGUGUUUUUGUAAGGUUUCUCCCUUAUGUCUUUGUGCCUGCUGGUAGAUCUUGUUUCUGACUUCCAAAUUUCAUAGGGCUAAUAGUUCAUCCUGUGACUCAGAAGAUGCAAGUAGGACAUCAUCCAGCAUUGUGAACUGGCCGAUUUGAAGAUUUUUUUUUUUCACUUCUUCCUGAGUUUUUUUUUUUUAUUAUUUUUUUUUUUACAAAUAUUAUUUCUUGCACGCUUAAUGCCACAGGAGGGCAGUAGAGUCCUUUCUCUGACCGCCCGCUGACUUCCACUGCCCUCAGCAGCCUCUCCGCUCCCACACAUCACACAGGAAACACACACUUUCAGCCCAGAUUUCACUUUGCGUGUUGUACUCCAAAUUGAGUUUUAUGUUUUGGUUUCUUCCGAAUGCAACAUGCAAAGCUGUGCUUGAGAUGUAGAAACUGUGGGUUUAUUAGUUAUUUAUCAUAGUUGAAUAAUAUAAGUUGAUAUUAAGCCUGAGUAUGGAGUCAUAAGACCAUAAAUGUGACCUACUGUAGCGUAUUUCUCAUGUCUUCUGUCUUGGAUGGUCUUUAAAAAUCUCUUCUUCAUUUUCUACAAGCUUUAUAUUUCUCAAUUAAUUCAUCAGCUCUCAAAAAAAUCAUAUUAGUUUGCAUGUAAACUCACAAGAAACUCCACUUUAACUUGGCUCAAUUUCCUUUGUUUUUGUUUUUUUUUUGCUGGAUUUGUUUUGGGGAGAUCCAUUUGAAUUGUGUGUUUUAUUUUUUUAGAUGGAUAUGUUUUUUUUUCCCCAAUAAGUUGUAAUUGUCUCACUAUACAUAUCUUCACAUGUGUUGCAUUUGUCUUCUACCAACAGGUGAUGAAAAAGUCUUACACGCAGAUUACGUAGCUCUAGAGCAGAACCUUAAUGCCUUUUCACUCAGUCUUUGGUUUCACUUCUUGCUGUAGAUGUAUUUUUUCCCCUCUCCAGUAAAGUGUGUGUUCAUUUACUAUGUGUGUAAUGUGUAAUGACUGUUUUUUUUUUUUCUUUCUCGAUAUAUCUCUCAUUCUCUUUUGUCAGCCCUACUGUCAGAGGGUGCUAAAUCCUGAUAAAUUAAAGCUCUUUAAUUAUUUAAACCCUG